UUGAGUGCCACCGAUACAUGUUUUGAUUUGAUGGGUAUGAAAUUAUCUUUCUUCAGCAGUUCGAAUAUCUAGAAAAUAGAGUGACAAAAACAUACAUAGACAGUCUCAAUUGCGUCUCAGCCAGGAGAGGAUUUUCAAGUCAAAAAGCUUCAUAUUUCUUUACAAAGUUCACUCCUUUCUUUAGAUCUACAAGGCUUUCUCUGAGUGGAGUUUCAUUUGAAGUAAAAAAACCAGACAUAUCAACAUCUAUAUAUAUGGAAAUUUUCUCGCUUUUAUUCGAAAGGAUUAAUCUGCUAAGACACAAUCAAGGCUUACACGGAAGGGCUUCGAUCACCGAGCGGGAUAAGUCAAGAUAUGUGGAUACCACUAUGUGGAUAUCACAGAGGCAGAUGACUUGCCGGUAACAUCCACUCUACUUGAAGAUGUCAAAGAAGUCACCAACUGCAAUUGAACUUCCAGAAAUAAACAAAAUACAUCUUGAAGACUUACCCAAUCAAAAAAUAUAAAACUUUUUGGGGUCAAGGAAAAGGAUUUGAUGAAGAUUUAAUUAAGUUGAUAUCAGAUGCUGUAAGUAUCCCAGUUAUUGCAAGUAGCGGUGCUGGUGCUCCUCAACACUUCUCUGAGGUGUUCUAUAAAACAAAUGAAACAGUAGCACUUGCUGCCGGCAUUUUUCACAGGGAAAGCGGUAUUGCUUCUGUUUUGGCAGUGAAAUCGAGUUUUCUAUUAAUUGCAAGUGCCUAUUCAGUCGGUAAAAGAGCAUUUGUUGAAGGAAGGCAUAGAAGUUGGAAUUUGAUCAUGAGCAUUUAAGUGAUCUGCAAUAAGACAAUCUCAUUGACUAUGCCCGUGCAACUUGCUCAAUAAUUGAACACUAAUGAAUGACCUAAGGAAAGUGAAAGUCUUCCUCUUGAAAGACACACUUUACUUUCUUCUCAUCUCACUCUCAACACAUAACAAUAGCAGAAACUAGAUCUAUACUAAGAUGCAGAAAUUGCAAGAAAUUGCAGUGUCCUUGGCUGUUGAUUAUUUGCUUCCACCCAUAAAGAAAGCAGUGAAUUCAGUCAUGGAGGUUCCAAAAGAUGCUGCAGACAUGAACGACAAACUUGAUGGGAUUCAAGCCAUGAUUCAUGAUGCGGACAAGAUGGCAGCAGCUGAAGAAGGCAACUCACGUGAUGGUCUCAAAGCAAAGGUGAAGCAGCUGGUGGAAACAUCUUUUUGCAUGGAAGAUAUCGUUGAUGAAUACAUUAUCCAUGAGGAAAGGCAGCUUGCUGAUGAUCCUGGAUGUGCAUCUUUACCUUGUAAGGCUGUUGAUUUCGUCAAAACUACGGCCUCUCGUCUUCAAUUUGCAUACAUGAACCAGGACGUGAAAUCAGAAUUUCAUGGGAUCAAGGAGGGGAACAAAAGUGAGGAUUGCUCCCAAAUUCAAUCUUCUGGAGGAAACCAAAACAUCACCUUCGACAACCUUCGAAUGGCUCCUCUGUUUCUUAAGGAGGCUGAGGUUGUGGGCUUUGACAGCCCUAGAGACACAUUGGAAAGAUGGUUGAAAGAGGGGCGGGAAAAGCUCACUGUUGUCUCUGUGGUAGGAAUGGGAGGAAGUGGAAAAACUACUCUUGCCAAGAAAGUUUUUGACAAAGUCCAGACACACUUCACUCGCCAUGUCUGGAUCACAGUGUCUCAGUCAUAUACCAUAGAAGGAUUGCUGCUCAAGUUUCUGGAAGCAGAAAAAGGAAAGGAUUCUUCGCAGAGUGUUUAUUCUACAAUGGAUAAAGCAUCGUUGAUACAUGAGGUGAGAAAUCACUUGAGCUGCAAUAGGUAUGUUGUCGUGUUUGAUGACGUGUGGAAUGAAAAUUUUUGGGAGGAAAUGAAAUUUGCUUUAGUUGAUGUUGAAAAUGGAAGUAGGAUAAUAAUCACAACCAGGCACCGUGAGGUUGCAGAGUCUUGUAGGACAUCUUCUCUUGUUCAAGUGCAUGAGUUGCAACCUUUAACUGAUGACAAAUCUUUCGAAUUGUUUUGUAAAACAGCAUUUAGAUCUGAAUUAGAUGGGCAUUGUCCACACAAUCUUAAGGGCAUAUCAACUGAAAUUGUUAAAAAGUGUGAAGGUUUACCACUAGCUAUUGUGGCCACUGGUGGCCUUUUAUCUCGCAAAAGUAGAGAUGCACGCGAAUGGCAAAGAUUUAGUGAGAAUCUAAGUUCAGAAUUAGGAAAGCAUCCCAAAUUAACUCCCGUGACAAAGAUUUUGGGUUUAAGUUAUUAUGAUUUGCCUUACCAUCUCAAACCAUGCUUCUUGUAUUUCGGAAUAUAUCCGGAAGAUUAUGAAGUUGAGUGCGGGAGAUUGAUUCUACAAUGGGUAGCUGAGGGGUUUGUCAAAUCUGAUGAAGCGGCACAAACUUUAGAAGAAGUGGCAGAAAAAUAUUUGAAUGAGUUGAUCCAAAGAAGUUUGGUUCAAGUAUCUUCAUUUACAUGGUCUGGCAAAAUUAAAAGGUGUCGUGUUCAUGACGUAGUACGUGAAAUGAUCCGCGAGAAGAAUCAAGAUUUAAGCUUUUGCCAUUCUGCUAGUGAGCGUGGGAACUUGUCCAGAAGUGGGAUGAUUCGUCGCCUAACAAUAGCAUCUGGUUCCAACAAUUUGACGGGAAGUGUUGAAAGCUCGAACAUUCGAUCACUUCAUGUUUUCAGUGAUGAAGAAUUGUCAGAAUCCUUGGUAAAGAGUAUGCCUACAAAGUACAGGCUAUUAAGGGUGCUUCAAUUUGCAGGUGCUCCAAUGGACGAUUUUCCGCGCAUCGAAAGUUUGGGGGACUUAUCAUUUUUGAGGUACUUAAGCUUCAGAAGGUCAAGCAUAGUCCAUCUUCCAAAAUUAAUUGGUGAGCUGCACAACCUUGAAACAUUGGAUCUAAGAGAAACUUAUGUGCGUGUGAUGCCAAGGGAGAUCUACAAGCUUAAAAAGUUAAGACACCUUCUGAGAGAUUUUGAAGGGUUUGAAAUGGAUGGUGGCAUUGGAGAUCUAACAUCCCUACAAACACUACGUAGAGUGAACAUCAGCCAUAAUACAGAAGAAGUAGUAAAAGGGUUGGAAAAACUUACACAAUUAAGGGUGUUGGGCUUGACACAAGUUGAGCCAAGAUUCAAAAGUUUUCUGUGCUCCUUGAUAAACAAGAUGCAACACCUGGAGAAGUUAUAUAUUACUGCAAGAGAUGGUAGUACCUAUGGGAUGAUGGAUUUGCAUUUUGAUGUAUUUGCACCUGUACUUCAGAAGGUUCGUCUUAUGGGGCGGUUAAAGAAGUUCCCAAACUGGGUUGCCAAGCUCCAAAAUCUUGUUACGUUGUCCUUGUCAUUCACCGAGUUGACACAUGAUCCAUUGCCACUACUUAAAGAUCUACCAAAUUUGACGCACCUUAGUAUACUCCUUCAUGCAUACAUUAGUGAAGUUUUGCAGUUUCCAAACAGGGGGUUUCCAAACCUAAAGCAAAUACUACUGGCAGAUUUGUUUCCAUUGAAAUCCAUCGUAAUUGAAGAUGGAGCAUUGCCUUCUCUCGAAAAGCUCAAGUUAUUCAGGAUUCGCGAACUGACAGAGGUGCCUCGUGGUAUUGACAAGUUACCAAAGCUUAAGGUUUUCCAUUGUUUUGGUAUGUCAGAUGAAUUUAAAGAAAACUUUAAUCUCAACAGAGGACAACGUCGUCAAUGGAUAAUAGAAAGAUACUGGGAAUGAAAAAAGUCCGUCUUUCAAAGCUCUGGGAUUUAAGUGUCACGGACGGCCUUGGAAUUCAGCAUUGUACCUUCAAGUCUCCAAAUAAACAGAAUAUGUGGACCUAUCUUAAUUUCUUUAGCAAAGUGAUAAAAUUAACUUCUGAAUUAAUGGUAGUGAUGUAAGACAUUUGGCUUUUUGAUUCAAUGCCUUCUUAGAUACAUCAUGUUUGCACCAUGUUAUGAGAAUUCCUCUUUCAAUGAAUAAGGUCUUACCAUA